AUGUGUUGUGGAUGGAAAGAGCCGCGUGAUUACUGCGCUAAAAAAAUGAUUCCGACGUGUUAUAACGUUCUAAUAUUCCCAUUGAAUGCUUUUCAGUGGAUUACAAUCACUCUCGUUUUCUUUCAAGUAGCCCAUUUGGUUAUGCUAUCUGUGUCGUUUUAUUACAAA